AUGAUGGAUUCGGACUCGUCCGGCGCGGACUUCUGCCGGUUCUGUCGUUCAGAGGCUUCGUCUGACAGACCGCUGUUCCACCCGUGUAUCUGCACAGGCUCCAUAAAAUGGAUUCAUCAAGAAUGUUUAGUGCAGUGGAUGCGAUACUCCAGGAAAGAGAUUUGCGAGCUAUGUGGCCACCGAUUUUCUUUUAUGCCGAUAUAUUCACCGGAUAUGCCUCGCAGGCUACCUAUCCGCGACGUGGUGGGCGGGCUGGUGACUUCCGUGGCAUCCGCCGUGAAGGACUGGCUGCACUACACGCUAGUAGCGCUCGCUUGGCUUGGCAUCGUGCCGCUCACCGCCUGCAGGACCUACCGCUGUCUGUUCUCGGGCUCCUUGGACCCAGUCAUUUCAUUGCCCUUUGACAUAGUAUCUGCUGAAAACCUUGCUAAAGAUGUCUUCUCUGGAUGUUUUGUUGUAACAUGUACACUGUUCUCUUUUAUUGGCCUUGUUUGGCUGAGAGAGCAGAUCAUGCAUGGUGGUGGUCCAGACUGGAUGGAAAGAGAGAACCUGCCAGCUCCACCCCCUGAAGACCUUCCUCUGCAAGACAAUAACAAUGAUAGAGUGAAUAAUGGAGCAGGGGAUGGUGAAGUUGGUAUAAGAGAUGAAGUUAAUGCUGAAGUUGGAGAGGAUCCCUUGGGUGCAGAUGAAGCAAACUGGAACCCAAUGGAAUGGGAUCGUGCAGCUGCUGAGGAGCUAACAUGGGCCCGUUUGCUUGGCUUGGAUGGUUCCAUGGUGUUUUUAGAACAUGUAUUUUGGGUAGUGUCCCUGAAUACAUUGUUUAUAGUGGUGUUUGCAUUCUGCCCGUAUCAUAUUGGAAGGUUGGGAGCUGCUAUGGCAGGGCUGACAGCUGAGGGUCCAUUUGCUGGGCCAUUGACAGCUCUAGCAGGGUAUGUGUUGGUGGGGGCUAUACUGGCAGUGUUACAUGGCAUGGCGUCCCUGCUGCGCCUGCGGAGUGCUAAGAAGGCACUGGGAUUCUGUUAUGUAGUUGUGAAGGUGGCCCUGCUGUCUGUUGUUGAGAUUGGUGUGAUACCUUUAGUAUGUGGCUGGUGGCUGGAUCUCUGUUCCCUAUCAAUGUUCGACGCUACGCUCAAGGACAGAGAGUCGAGUUUGCAAGCAGCCCCAUGGACGCUCAUGUUCAUACAUUGGUUAGUCGGAAUGGUCUACGUGUACUAUUUCGCGUCCUUCAUUCUCUUGCUGAGAGAAGUACUAAGACCUGGUGUACUGUGGUUCUUGAAGAACUUGAAUGAUCCCGAUUUCAGUCCUGUGCAGGAAAUGAUCCAUUUAUCAGUGUGGUCUCACAUUCGUCGGCUGGUGGUGUCUGCCAUGAUCUUCGGUACGGCUGUCCUAUUCAUGCUCUGGCUACCAAUCAGGGUGAUCAAGUAUGUGUUGCCCGGGUUCCUGCCAUAUGCUGUAGCAGUCCACUCCGAUGCCCCGGUCAAUGAACUCAGCUUGGAGCUGCUGUUGCUACAGGUGAUUCUCCCAGCCUUGUUGGAGCAGUCUCACACUCGCACGUGGUUGAAGGCAGGCGUGCGAGCGUGGUGCGCAUGCGCGGCCGGUGUACUAGGGCUCCGCUCCUAUUUGUUAGGAGAGAUGCGAAACGACCAGCCCAUGCCUCAUCCGCCACGACCACCUCAUCAACUUGGAGCUGCUCAUCAGGCAUUGAUGCGUCGCGACGGCCCAGCUGGUUUCGAACCUUACGUCCGCGUAUCAUGGUUCCCACUCCGACUGGGUGCUUUGUUGGUCUUGGUCUCUAUGUCUCUCGUCAUGGCCAGCGCUCUUACCUUGGUGAUUCCUGUCGCUAUUGGAAGGCGGGUGAUGGCUUUGUGGCUUCCGAAGGCGUCGGAUGGAGUUCACGAAUUGUAUACAGCGGCUUGUGGCAUGUACGUGUGCUGGGCGGCGGGGCGCGGCGGCACGCUGGCGGCGGGCUGGGCGCGCGGCGGCCGCGCCAUGCUGGCCGCGCGCGCCGCGCUCUGGGCAAGGGUCGCCGCGCGCGCCGCACUCGCCGCGCUCGCGCUGCUCGGACUCGUGCCCUUGAUGUUCGGCCUACUGCUGGAGUUGGUACUAGUGAUCCCACUUCGCGUGCCAAUCGAGCAGUCGCCAGUACUAUUUGUAUGGCAGGACUGGGCACUGGGCGUGUUAUACACGAAGAUAGUUUGUGCACUGACCAUGAUGGGACCCGACUGGGCCAUGAGGCGAGCCAUCGAGAAGGCGUAUCGAGACGGUAUUAGGGAGAUGGAUUUGAAGUUCAUCCUGCGCGAGAUAGCGGCGCCGUGCGUGUGCUGGCUGGGGCUGGCGCUGGCGGUGCCGUACGCGCUGGCGCACUCGGUGCUGCCGCUGGCCGUGGCGGCGCCCGCGCAGCGCAACCUGCUGGCGCGCCGCGUCUACCCCGCGCUGCUACUCACGGCGCUCGUGCUCGCGCUCACCGUCUUCCAGAUACGUCAGUUCCGCAAGUUAUACGAGCACAUAAAGAACGACAAGUACCUCGUGGGCCAACGACUCGUCAACUACGACCACAGGCGACACAAACAACAACAGAGCACCGUCCCCGCCAACUGA